AUGCUGAGAACGUUUGCGUUGCUGUGCGUUUGGCACGCGAUCGCCGCAAACGCCGCAGCGGACCAGUCGGAAAUACCAUGUUUCCCCCGCGACCCGGGGGCGCCGUGCCCGGAGCACCGGCCGGUCGGCGGCGCGGUCCAGUCGACCAGCCCCCGCGGACGCGUCGACGACGCGGAGUGCGAACCCGCCGGACGCGGUCCGCCGCCGUCCGUCACGUUGUGCGCGAACACCGAAUUCCGGGAGCCGUGCGUCCACCUGAUCCUUUUGGCCGGCGGCUGUACGAAGCUGGCCGCGCCCGAAAACGCGGCCGACCGGUUUUCCCGCCGGCUCAGGCUGCUCAACAACACCGCCAGGUCCGUGCACACCCGAGGUACGUGCAUUAGGCUGUACGCCAACGGCGACUGUACCGGCGACGGGCCGCUAGUGUACCCGGGCUCGGCGUCGCACCACGACCUGUCGGCCCACGACUGGGACGGUGCCGUCGGUUCGGUCGGUCCGUGCGCCGAGUCGUCCGGCUGGUAUUACCAAGGAUUCCGCGCGGGCCCGCUGCCGGACAGGCCGGUGGUAAGGGUCGACGACGCCGACAGCCCGAUCGUCGGCUACCAGACGGGACACGGCGGACGUGUGGAGUACGUGGACGCGCUGGUCUACCCGGGACAUGUUGCGGCGGGCUGCCAGCCGGAACCGACUUGGGACGACGACCAGGAAGAGGAGCGCUUGCUCGGCGCGCUGCUCGGCGGGCCCGGCGCCGCGCGGUACAACGUCAUCAAGCGCGCCGCCCCGGCCGACCGGCGAAAUCCGGCGAUGGUCCGAGUGGAGCAAUUGGUGCGGUCGGCCGUGCGGCACAGCGCCGGCGGGCACGUGCGGUACGAGCUGAACCCGGUCUACGACUACGCCGGCGCCAUCAGCCCCGAUUCCGUUGCGUACCGGCUGACCACCGACGGCGGACGGCUGAUCCAGCAAGGCCUGAUUCCCAAUCUGGACACCAGACAACUGCUGCGGGCCAUGUACGUUGGCCGCAACGUCGGGUAAGCGAUUUUCCGCACACCAACGGCCGUCGUGUUGCGGCCGCACGGGUUUGUCGUUUGCAAAACGAGCAACAACAGCGUACACGCGUACCGUUGCAAAAUAACAUCACAUACUAAAAUAUAAUAAUAUGUAGGUAGCUGAUAAUAACAAUAUAGUUUAAUAUAAUGUUGUGUUCGUCCUCGUUUUGCAAUAUCAAAGACUAAAAAAUAAUUUAUUAUUUUCUAUAAUAAAAUAAUGAUAUUAUGUGUA